AUGGCCUCUCUGAGUACCCGAGGGCUCCACUGUGUUCGGAGGAGUCUGCAACUCUGUCUGAGGAGGACGUCAACCGCUGCAGCUUUGGCCCCGACAGAGGCCCCAGAAGCCCAGGAGAGCAGGAAGCCAAAGACCGGGAUCCUGAUGCUGAACAUGGGAGGCCCUGAGAAACUGGAGGACGUGCACGACUUCCUCCUGCGUCUCUUCAUGGACACAGACCUCAUGAAGCUCCCAGUGCAGAAUAAACUGGGGCCAUUCAUCGCCAAACGCCGCACGCCAAAGAUCCAGGAGCAGUACGGCCGCAUCGGCGGAGGCUCCCCUAUCAAGCACUGGACCUCCAUGCAGGGGGAGGGCAUGGUGAGGUUGCUGGACCACAUGAGCCCCGACACGGCUCCUCACAAGUUCUACAUCGGGUUCCGGUACGUGCACCCGCUCACGGAGGAGGCCAUCGAGCAGAUGGAGAAGGACGGAGUGGAGCGGGCCGUGGCCUUCACACAGUACCCCCAGUACAGCUGCUCCACCACAGGCAGCAGUCUCAACGCCAUCUACCGUUACUACAGCGACAGAAGCGAGCGACCCAAAAUGCGCUGGAGCGUCAUCGACCGCUGGCCCACACACCCCCUACUGGUGGAGUGUUUUGCUGAUCAUGUGAAGAACGAGCUGCUGAAGUUCCCAGAAGACAAACGAGACGAUGUUGUCAUUCUUUUCUCUGCCCACUCCCUGCCGCUUGCUGUGGUGAACAGGGGCGACCCGUACCCUCAGGAGGUGGGGGCGACAGUGCAGCGUGUCAUGGAGCGACUGGGACACUGCAACCCCUACAGACUGGUGUGGCAGUCCAGGGUGGGGCCCAUGGCGUGGCUAGGGCCUCAGACGGACGAAGUCAUCAAAGGCCUGUGUGAGCGCGGGAAGAAGAACCUGCUGCUGGUGCCCAUCGCCUUCACCUCAGACCACAUCGAGACACUGCACGAGCUGGACAUCGAGUACAGCCAGGUGCUGGGGGCCGAGUGCGGAGUUGAGAACAUCAGGAGAGCAGAGUCAUUGAACGGGAACCCAGUCUUCAUGCAGGCUCUGGCGGACCUGGUCCAGUCCCACCUGAAGUCCAACGAGCCGUGCUCCCGUCAGCUGACCCUGCGCUGUCCCAUGUGCACCAACCCCACAUGUGGCCGCACCAAGGCCUUCUUCUCCUCCCAGAAGCUCUCAUAA